UGUAUCGACUAUCGGUUUCAAAGUUUUUAAUUUUGUAACUAAUUCACAAAUUUGAAGCUGAAGCAUAUCUUAAUUGUAACUGUAGUUUUGUUUAAUUUUUUUUUAUUAUUUAAAAUUAGUUUAUACUAUAAUAUUGACUGCGUACUGGUCCGCACUAUCAGAUUAUCAAAAAAUUGUUAGAUUGUUWAGAGCUGUUGGAGUUUAAUAACACAAUUUGAAUUAACUUCUUCACUUAAAGAAAAAUGUAUACUUGAAUCCGUGCAGUCACUUGUUUUUUUAUUCUWAAAUUUUGUUAUUCAACCAACUGUUAUGAAUAAUGAUUCUGGUAUAAUWAGCUUUCAGCAUUGUAACAAUAAGAACAUAUACUGUAUAAACAUUCCAACUAAUUGUCCUAUUUGCAAAAUAUGCUUAAAAAAUUUGCAGAGCAUUCCAAUCAGAGUCCCUUAUCCUUUUGUAAGAGCAUCUCAGCAAUCAUGCUCUGUUGUUGUGAAACCAACUCGAGAGGAUUUUUUAAAUAAUUACCAGUUAAUGGAUGACUUGCAUAUUGGAGUGACAACGUCAAGAGGUACUGUUAUAUCAUAUGAUUGGAAUGGAGUAAAUGAAGAUACAGACAAAUGGCAAGAAUGUUUAGUUGUGUACCAACUGAAUCAACUGAAUGACCAUUGUGUUGGAACACAUUGGGAUACUAUAUUAAAAAAUAUAGUAAAAAAUGAGUGUUGGGACAGUGCUAGAUACAACGAAGAGGAUCACAAUUGUUUUUCGUUCAUAAUGGCUUUCAUAAAACAGUUCAACGGCUUCCAUUCGCCGGUACAUCAUGUUGAAACGAGAGAAGACUUUGCCGAAUUAUACGUAGCUCCAGCCACGUUAAAAGCUUAUAAAUACAUUUGUCUAUAUAGAAAAAUAACUGAAAAUGGUUUCUAUAUUUACAACCAACCUUCGAAUGAAAUAUUAUGUACAUAAUUAAAUUAUCAAGUAAUAAAAUGUCUA